AUGAGUUCCGAAUUACUACAGACCUUCGACACUGUCGCAACUGCCGUAGACGCCGGAGUUAGCGAGGACGACCGCAAGGACCUACUGCAGGCAUGCAAUAAGCUCAUUGCCAAGCUGGAAAGUCCCCCAGACACGGCGACACGAUUGCUCUUCUCGGCCCACCAAGCAAUGGCUGUCAGACUAGGUGUCGAUCUGAAGCUUUUCGACGCGCUAGCAUAUGGUUCGACUACAUCCGAGCAAUUGGCGGCAGACACCAAUAAGAAUGCCGAUCCGUUGCUUGUUACGAGGAUCAUGCGAUUUCUGUCUGCAAUGUCCGUGGUCAAAGAGACCGAACAAAACGGAUAUGCGUUGACGCCCUUCGCCGCAGCUUUGCAGUCGUCUUCGCCGUUGUCAGCUGCAUUCAUUCAUAGGUAUGGAUGCUUCAUCUCCGAGGAUAAUGGGCCGGUAUUCAUAUGGACUAGCACACAUUUCUUGACUGUUCUGUCGAGACUGCCGGAGUACUUCCACCAUAAUGGAUGGAAGAGCCCUGAUGAUGGCUUUAAUGGACCCUUUCAAUAUGCCAUGGGCACCGAUGCUCAUUAUUUCGACUUUCUGAACACACAUCCCUAUUACCAGCAGGCAUUCAACACCGUCAUGAGUCUUCCAUUCCGACGACGGGGCCAGGACUGGUUCGAGUUUUUCCCCGUCACAGAGCGCUUGAAUGUGCCCGGUGAAUCCAAUGUGCUAAUCGUCGAUGUCGGCGGCAACCAGGGCGAGGACCUGAAGAAGCUCAAAAAGCGAUUUCCCGAUCUGUCGGGCAGGCUCAUCAUCCAGGAUCUACCUGUCGUUGUAGAGGGUGCUCAAGAUCUGCCACCUGGCAUCGAGGCCCACGGUCAUGACUUCUUCCAGCAGCAACCGAUCUGCUACUCCAGGGCCUACUUCAUGCGUACGGUCUUGCACGACUGGCCGGACAAACAGGCUCGCCUAAUUCUGCGACGGCUGCACGCAGCCAUGGGCUCAGACUCCAUCCUGCUCAUCAACGAAGCCAUGCUCCCGGAGGAAGAGGCACCGCUGGGAUCCGUGCUGUCCGACAUGCAGAUGAUGGGCUCCUUCGCGUCGCUGGAACGGACAGAAGGGCAGUGGCAGCAACUGCUAGAGGCAUCGGGGUUUGACCUCGUACGAGUUUGGCUUCCCGAUGGCUUUCAGACAGACCACGCCGUUUUGUUCGAAGCUCGCAGGAAGACUUAG